AUGGCUACAAUUACAGACAAGCAUCCCCAAACAACAUCUACAGCUAUCCUCCACUCACAGCAAGCGCCGACCAGACGCCCACGGGCACUUACCAUCCCUCUACCGGAAGGCAGAAAUGAAACUCAGGUAAUUCAAAAAGUGAUAGCUCAUCAGCAGCCAGAACCGCCUACUAGUUUUAUGGGAAAUAUCUUUCAACGUAAUCAGAAAGCAAAGUGUGAACCCAGCAUCUCAUUCGUUGUCACGACGGUGGUCCAACAGACAUACGAUCAACAACAGUCGCCUUUAUGUCGUAUUCCAUACGAUGUCCGGCUGAAGAUCUGGGAAGAUUGUUUAAGUGGCUACCGCUGGCAUAUCGGUUGCGAGCCUACCAAACUCCGACUUUUGGGUCUCGAAUGCAAUGGUUGUCAUCUGUCGACGGACCUUCACCGCCGAAUCGAUCCGGAUAUGAAUGGGCGAACUCUGAGAAGCAGGCUGAAGGCCGUUGGCCGGCUGUCAUUGCUGCAAGUGUGUCGGAUGGUGUACUCUGAGACUGUCCCUCUACUAUACAAAGACAACGUCUUCGACUUUAAUGAUAUCAAAGACGUGAGAUCGAUGUCGUACUCGGUGCCCUCGUCACGGUUUAAUCUCAUUCGCACUUUAAAAUUGGAUUGGACGAUCACAAGAAUGUCCCGACGAGAUCCAUGCAAAGCCUUACUUUGCCAAUACAACUUUUGGGUGAACGACUGUGCGGUUCUGGCAAAUAUGAAGGGUCUGACCGAGUUGUAUCUGUGUCUUCACGGACAGCAGUUCAAACAACAAGGCAGCGAGCUGGAUGCUGUAUUUUCACCGUUGGGCAUGAUUCCAGCUAAGAUGUUUGAAUUGUGGCUGCCGGAUACUACCAGAUGGGAAGAAGAAGACAUCCCGUCUGAGCUAUCUUCUCGACCGACAUUCAAAAUCCGCUUACUUCCCUAUGAUAAUUGGUUUUCCAGUCUAAAGACAACCCGUAUAUCUGUACCUCUUUGGCUGAUGGGGGCUGAGAUCCAUGCCGACGGCUAUGGCACAGGUGGAGCAAUCAAUACUAUCUACAUCAAGCGUCUCAAUGAUGCCAUGGAGGACAAUGACCCGUUGAGAACGGACAAUCCCACCGAAUAUCUUUUUCUUGGGAAUACCAGGCCAAUCUCCGAUCCCACCGUUCGCACGCCCUGGACACGCGACAUACGCUACACUGUAUACCGUAACAUGGAGUCAGUCCAAGACGAGUCCCCCAACGCAACCAAUGACCAGAUCAGGGCACUACUGGCCAGGGUCGAGCGAGAUCCCGCUAUCCCCGACAAUCCUGAGACUGAAGUAACUAUCUGCCGAGAGCUGGGCAGACUGGUCACGCAGCACACGACAAACUCGGAAGGCAUGGGCGUUGAACAAAUCACCAGGAUUGUCGUCGAUUCUUUGAUGGCUGUCGAAUCUGAGACCGGGUACGCCGCAGUCUUGGGCUAG